AUGAAGCGAGUCUUCAGUCUAUUGCCAGCCGUUGGUAAAGUGAGUAACGCGCUUGUAUUUUCUUGCCCGUGUGCUUUCGUGUAGACAACCAAAGACCACACAAUUUCUUAUCGCAUUCCAAGAGACGAAAAAUAACAAACAAACAAAAAGUAACAAAUAAAGGACUUGGGAAGAAAUUUAAAAAUGGCUUUGUAGUUUUCGCAAUCGUUCUUAAAUAUUAUAUAAGUCAAAGUGAUUUUUUGAAGAUUUUUAAAUAAACUAACCAAGCCAGUUCGUCGCGCAAGCUGGCACGACAUAACAAAUACACGAAAAACAUACAAAAUUUAGCUCAAGGGCCAACCAGUUUCAAUGUGUUAAGAAGCUUUUAAAAAACAAAAUUAUAAUAAACGCUAUAAAACAAAAUUAAAAAAGAAAAAAAACUUACCGGAGCUCCAACAAAAUGUCAGAUACUCAGAACAACAAUGUCGUCCUGUGUAGUGUUGGCACAGAACUAAUUCAUAAUAGCACAGAAAUUAAUGAUAAUUGCGUAGCUUCAGACUCAUUCAAUAAGGAAAAACACCAUAACAACAACGUUCAUAGCUUAAACAAAAAUUCUACAAGUAUUAGUAGUAAUGAUGAAGUCAUCGAGGAGGGAUUCGACUAUAGCGAAACCGACCUGUUAGACGAGUUGAAUGCCAGCGAUGAAAACGACGACACCAACAGCAAUGUAACAAAUGAGAACUGUCAAAAAAAUUGCAAUCAACAUCUCCCAAUCAUACGCGACUCUGACAAUGAGAAGGGAGAAGAAAGAAGUAAUAUCAGCGCAACUCCUCUUAUUGAUAUUACAGACGAUACACAUUCUCAUAACAUCGUAACUUCGCCGACCACCGUUGCGUGCGUCGACAGUGAUUGUGUGCCAAUUGCAAGUGCUGAUAAUGCGACUACCGCUGCAAGUGAUAAGCACAAAUUCACACCGCCUAACUUGGAUCUGCGGCUCACUGACGAAGCGAAAGCAACAAUAAGUGCUGUUGACUCAUACUGUCCUAUAACACCACGGCAAAUAGUUGAUGUUGAUGCUGAGCCUAACCAAUUGUUGAGACGUAAUUCGACAACGCAGACAGAAGUUAGCAAUGAUGAUGUUGCUGGUGUUGGUGUUGGCAACAACAACUCUCGUAAUGAUGAAGGUUAUUAUUAUGCUGAUGAGCCUGAAGAUGAAUUGAUUGUUCAGUUCCUGGGAGAAGCCAAUCGUAUUGCUGAGGCCCGUUUGGCUGCCCGCCGGCAAGCACGCGCUGAGGCACGUGAAAUACGAAUGCGAGAAUUAGAACGCCAACAAAAGGAACAGGAACAAAAUGCAGAUCGCGUUUUUGACAUGCACAAUGUGUCCGGCAUUGAUCCACUAUCGCGAUCGCGACUUGCAACAGGUGUGGGAAGUUCGCCUUUGGGUGCGGUGCUUAACAGCACACGCGUUAGCUCAAUGUCAUCACGACGCAGCAGCGAAGAUUCACUGGAAGAGGAAGGACGCAGCCUGCGAGAUAUACGACAUGAGCUUAAGGAUGUUGAGGAGAGAUUUCGGAAGGCAAUGAUAGCCAAUGCGCAAUUGGAUAAUGAACGUGCCUCACAAACGUAUCAAAUACAACUGUUGAAGGACAAACUGGAAGAAGUGGAAGAAUCAUAUGCGCAACUUCAGCGAGAAUUCAAAGAGAAAUCACGUGAUUGCAAUGCGCUGAAAAGAAAUUUAGAUAAAUUAAGUGAAGAACUUAAACUGGUGCAAGGUCAACUGACUGAACGCGAUAAACUUAUCGCCGAUCAGGGUUUAGUUAUUGUGGCCAUAGAGAAUGAAGAGGGUACUGAUGCAAAACGUGCUCUAGUCAGUGUAGAGAAUGCUCAGCUGUUAGGUUCAGUGCAAGGUUCUUUGGAUGUGCGACUGAAAAAAUUCAGCGAGGAAAAGCAACAGCUUUUGGCAGAAGUGCAGAAACUACAGGAAGCAUUAGAGAACUACAAGAGUCAAGGCAAAGGGCGUUCGAAUUCGCUUAACGGACCAUCAGGGUCUGAUGAGGACUACGAAGCACAAAGAGAGGCGAACAAAAUAAUAUCAGACUACAAGUAUAAACUGCAGAAGGCUGAACAAGAGAUCGCCAGCUUGCAGGCCAGUUUGGCACGUUCAGAAACGCAAGUCAUACGUUAUAAAAGCACAGCUGAGGCGGCUGAAAAGGCAGAAGCGGAACUUAAAAUUGAGCGGAGAAAAUUGCAAAGAGAGAAUCGUGAGGCCAUGGAACGUCUGGAAGAGUUGGAAACUUCAAAUAAUCACCUGCUAAAGCGACUGGACAAACUAAAGAAUGCUAAAAGCGCAUUACUGAAGGACCUUUGACCGAAAUCUAUACAUGCAACCUCGAUCAGAAACAAUUAUAGCAUAGAUAAAUGCAAACAUAAUGGCGAAACUUUAGUUGGAUGCGAAAACUGUGAGCAAUGAAAUGGCAUAAAAAUGUUCACAACAAAGUGACGGCAGAACAAAGACAUCAAAUCAUAGAAGCUUCUUCAGAAGAAAAGCAAGUCUGAGUAAUGAAGUGAGAGUGCUAAUGGCACGAUGUUAGCAAAAUUGUUGCCAUUUGACAUUCCAACAUGAAUAGUCAGAAAACAUAUGUCGCCUAAAAUUACCAACAUAAUCAAUUUAAUAUUUAUUAACAUACAUAAAUAAUAGUUAAGGGCAUAAAGCGUAAAACAUACAUAUACGCAAUAUGUACUAUGUAUAUGUACAUACAUACAUAUAUUAGGCGCAUACUGUCAGUAGUUAAUAAUAAAUAACCCAACUAAAAUGUCAAAAGUUUUAAGUUUGCAAAAAUAAUAAUAAUACUAAUUUAUAUCGCAAAUUUCAAUUCAAAACAUGAAUAGAAAAUAUGGAAAGAAAAAUAUGGUAUUCCAUUAUGACAACAUAAACAUGACAACUAAAUUCGUUAAUUUGAACUGCUCGCGCAUGGAUAUUCUAGGGGAAUAUACUCUAAUAUAGUACAUACAUUGGCAAACAUACCUAUUGCAAUCGCAUGGAACUUCAAACACAUGCUGAAAAAUAUUAAACCAUGCAUGUACAUAUAUAGGCGAACAAUCAUGACACUGAGAUAUCCCCUAUUUAUGAUCUUUUAAUCUUCAUAACGACCAAAAAGUUAAAAAAAAGAUACUAAACCACAAAUGCGAGAAGUGUGGAUGCGAGUGCAUUAUGUUCAAAAGUAAGCUUGUACAAUAGAAUCAUGCAUAUACAUAUAUAUAUGUGUAUUCAUAUGGUUAAAUCACUUCGCUUUUCUUGUUUUUGUUAAUAUGCAUAAGUGCAAACUUGAAUCAUUAAUUCGUCGUAUAGUCGGAUACAAAAGUUUUCAAAAUGAUUUAGAUUGUUAGUUAUUUUUGUAAAAUAACUUAUAUAUACAUACAUAAUAAAAAUAACAGUGGACUUUUGACAGCACAAUUUAUUUUCACUUAGCAUUAGUGCCUACAGGGCACUGCAUACAUUACUGAGUUGUAGGCAGUAUUUAAAAUUGUUAACUCAUCAAAUGUUAAAUAAGAAAUAUUAUUAUGCCCAUUAUUUAUUGCUUAAAAUAGAAGAGCUCCUGAAGUUAGUCAGUUCGAUUGCUUUGGUAAAUAUUCCACAAUUAUGUACAUAUAUGUAUGGUGCACAUAUAAAUGCAUAUGUAAAUAUCUACAUACAUAUUCGCAUACAUAUCGCACCCUAAAUACAAAAGGGUCACAACUCAAAAUUUUCCAAAACUGAGUUUUUUGCAUAAAUUAAUUCAGACUACACAUUUCUAACUGCUGCAAAUAUUUCAUUCACAUAACUAUCUUCUUUAACUGGAAAAAUACAGUUAUGUCUAUUUUUAUGUCAAGUGUGUUGCUUUUGCACGAUCAACUAAAGAGAAUUAUUUUUAGUUGCGUUAAUGGGCUCAAGAACAGCUGAUUACUUUUAUUACACAUAAAGAGUUUUAUUUUGAGUUCUGCCUCUAUAACUGCAAAAGGUGAUAAAUUUCAUGGUAUAUUAUUUUGCAUUGUGCCUCUUUAGUUGUGAAAAGUGAGUUCAAUUAGGUUAGGAAACUUAUAAAAUUAAAACAUUUAUCAGUUAAAAAGGCACAACUUAAGAUAAUAUCACUAUUUAAUUGAAAGAAUUUCAGUUAAAGAGUCAUAAAUCAAAAUUUUGUUUUAUUUUCGCAAACAUAAUUUAAAAUUGAAAAACAUAUAGUAGAACCUUCUUCAAUGUUGUAUAUUUUUAGGAUGGAACAAUAUUUUCUUUAAAUAUUACAAUAAUUUUUACAUAAAACGUUUUUCGUCUCUCCUGAAAAUCUUAGUAUUUUGAGUUGUGACCCUUUUGUAUUUAGGGUGCGAUAUGUGCCCAGCAAAUGUUAAAAAUCAUAAUUGAAUAUCAUCAUUUGCAAUCUCGUAAACGAUGCUCUCACUAAUAUUUUUCAUUAGUAAGUGAAAGGCGUUAAAGCAAAAAUGAUUUUAAAUUACGCGUAUAUCAAAUGCGUUUGUUUUAACUAUUUAUUUGUAUCUGCCUACAAAAAUAUAUAGAAAAAAAAACGAUGUUAACACCAUAUGAAGACUAAAAAAUUAAAUGUUUAGAGUACUUAAAAUUCAAGUAUUGCAAAAACAGAAGUAAUAGGAAAUUUAGUUUUUGAAAAGUAAUUUAAUGACAGAAGUAAAUAGAAAUAAAUUUGGGUUGAAUCUUGCCAAGACACAUCAUGAGUGUGUAGAAUUAAUGUAACACACAAGAGCCCGGGCAAAUGCAUAUUCUUUUUAUUACAAUAUAUUGCACUUUGUUGGCUUUGCCUCAUCCAUGCUUAGAGUUAUGUGCAAAAAGGCGUAAAGAGAUUAAUUAAUAUGGUUCUACUUAAUUUAAUUCGAAAAGUUGUAAAAAAAUUAUUAAAACAAUAUUUAAUUGACAAAUAAAACUAAUUUCAAUACACAUCUUAAAAAUAUACUACAAA